CUACCUUGGUAGCCAGACUGUCCGGCCACUUCCACCUUGGAGACUACUAACUACCCUUAAGUUCCCCCUUCACGCUUGUUCAGAAUGUUGCAGAAAUACUCAAAUUUACUCAGCAUUCUACUUCACUGUCGCACCGUAUAAAGCCAACCCUUCCCUGGUCCCAUCCCCUUAGCCAGACACCAAGAUCCAGACAUCAACACACCCCCCCCCCCCCAAGAAAGAAACAAUGUGCGGCCCCUCCCGCCCCAGCACAGGCAGCCUCAUCGCCAUCAUCUUCCCCUCCCCCGACAAACCCAGCACCUCCAACACAUCAUACUCCCUUUCCUUCAGCCAUAACACCCCCGAAGGCCCCACAAAAGCCACCUUCCGAAUCACAGACCCCAAGACCCGGGAUAUCUUUCGUGCAGCGCGGGGAGUGGAUUUACGGAUCGAGAAAUACGGGGACUUGACUGCCCACAACGGCGAGCCUCCGUUGCAUUGGUUUCGGAUUCCGCUUUCUGAGGCCCAGUCCAUGGCUCGGACGCGGCAGGAAUGCGAGGAGAUUGAGCUGCGGUUGCCGGAGCGGUUGGAGCUGGGGGUGUCGGGGACGGGGAUCGUAGGGCGCGAGGUUAGGAUCUCGGUGGAGGGGGUGGAUGAACGGGUGGAGAUGGGAAGGGGAGUUGUUGGGUUUGAUUGAUGUUUCUUGUUUCUUUGGGGUGUUCUCUUAGGGCUGUGGGUUGAUUGUGCAUGGAAAUGGCGUUUAUGGAUUCGGAAGAGAUGUCAUUUAAGGCAUCAAUGGACUGUUCUGGACAGCGGCAGUGAUAUAGAGUGCUGCUUAGAUGCCUUACAUCCAAUCAGUUCUAUAGAUCAAGCGAGCGCGUAUAUCUGC